CAAUUAAUUAGUCAUAUACUGUCAUACCUUUCUCGAUGGAGCCUAUUUACCCCAGGCCCAACCGCCCAAGAACACAGCAGCCAAGCCCCAAAACCGCAAACCCUGUGUGCCACUGCCAAAGCCCAAAGGUCCAAAAGAGACGCGCUCUACAAACGAGAGAGAGAGAGAGAGAGACUCACAUACUGGAUUCUAUUUAAAGGAACCAGAUGCUGCCUUGCGUCCGGAACCUCUUCGCGGUCACAGUGGUGUUUGCAGAAUCGAUCUUACAACGUAUAAUUUACUGCUAGAUUUCGUUUGUGUCUCCGUCACAUGGAUUCGCUGCUAGCAAGCUAUGGCUCCUCGGACGAAGAAGGAGAGGAAGAGCAAAAACAGGAAGAGCUCCAUAGUAAUUCUUCAAAGCCACCCUCUAAAAUUAGCGGAGUCUCCUCUAACUUCAGCGACAGCCCUAAAAUCUCCUCCAUCUUCUCCUCAUUCCCACAACCCAAAUCUUCUGUCUUCUCCCUUCCCCCUCCAAAAUCCAACGUUUCGAGGCGACAACCCUCGACAAAUUUCCCAUCUUCAGAUCCCAAAAACCAGGAAGAAGAGGAAGGAGAAGGAGACGAGCAGCAACGGGAAGAUUUAAGUCCUGCCUCCAUAUCCACUUCUAACUUUCGCGGACAAUCUUCCACCGACGUUAGCAGUGGUGCUAAAACCUCCGCCUUGUUCUUUUCCCUUCCUGAACCCAAAUCAUCUUCUGUUUUCUCUGCUUUUCCUCCCCCAAAGUCAAAUAUUCAAGCCCUUCCAAUCCUCUCUACAUCUGAACCCUAUCCUAAAAAGGUUGUUCAGUUCAAGCCUCCCAUAAACCCAUCGUUUUUAAAGUCUCGUGCUGUCAACGACGACGACGACGAUGACAACGAUGAUGAUGAUAGGGACAAAGAAAGAAAACGGACCAAAGAAUUUGAAUCUUCGGCUCAAACAUCUUCUGUGAAAUCUUUCUUGUCCAGCAUCCCUGCACCCAAGAACUCGGCAGCAUUAGGUGCUCUCCCAUCAAUGGGUUCCGGUCGUAGGUCAAUUGUGGAAGCGGAUAUACCCUCUUCAGAUUCGAAUAGUUUUAGGGUGGAGAGCCAAGUGGGUGUUAAUUUCAGUGUAGGGAACCGUGAUAGCCAUUGGAUUGAUGUGUCAUCUUCAGCUCCAUCAGGAGUGGUUAGUGCUUCUUCAGAAAUUGUAACAAAUGGUAGUGACUUUUCUAGUGGGGGUUCAGCCGUUGAAAAUUAUGAGAAUCAUGAUAGUUAUGGUGGUUUCCAAGGUUAUGGGCAUUAUGAGAGCAAUGGGCCUGAUGACUCGUUGGUUACCAUGGAACCAGAUGCUCUUGGGUUGGCUAAAAAUCCUGUGAAAGUUCCUGGGAAGAGAGGGAGAAACGAAGUUCCUAUGGAAAUCGUUGAGGUCAGACAGGAUGAAUUGAUAAAAAAUCGACCAAGGGAGGAUCAGGUCAAGCUAACUGGAAUUGCUUUUGGUCCCUCUUACCAGCCUGUUUCAACAAAGGGGAAGCCCUCAAAGCUGCACAAGAGGAAGCAUCAGAUCAGUUCGUUAUACUACGAUAUGAAACAGAAGGAGAUGGAACUUGCAGAGCGGCGUUCAAAAGGCUUCCUCACUAAAGCUGAAACACAAGCCAAGUAUGGAUGGUGAGUUUGGUCAACUGUUGCUUGAAAGAAUGGCCAGCUUGAGAUUGUUUAUUGCUGUAACUGGCAUUUGGUAUAGAAUCUCUGUGGGAACAUUAGAAAUGGGAGAUCAGAGAAGCAGGACUUGCUUAGUUGUGAAAAAUAGUUUUCAAUUUUCAAUUUUAUUUUUAAUUUUUCAAAGAAUUAUAAAAAUGUUAUUUUGUUUUC